CGAAUCUGACGAGAAUGCACACGCAAAAUGUAGCAAUAUCGAAGGUGCUAGGAAAUAUUGUCCGACCAGAUGGAAAACCCUUGAAAAAUGGUUUACGGAAGCCAGAUCGGUUAUGAGUAUGCUGUACCCUAAAAUUACCGACAUGUUUUACUUCGCUGGAGACAAACACUCAACACCCAACUGUCCUGUAGAACUAAGACCAGACCUGAACCCAUCUAGCGGUAUACAGAGCUACGACGGAAGUGAUGCAAUGUGCACAAAGCCUGCCCAUUACAACAUUCCUUUCUUCCUAGACAGACUGGGGCCAAGGUUUUCUGAGUGGAGUAUCAACGCCCACGAGGCUCGUCCGGGUCACCAUAUCCAGAUCCAAGGGUAUAGAGAGCACUUUGAAGACACCUGUGGAGGUCCAAUUGGUUGGUUAAGCUCCAAGACAUACUACACGGCGUUUUUGGAGGGAUGGGGUCUAUAUGCUGAGAAUCCAUUAAUAUCAAACGAUACUGAUGUCUACGAUGCGAGACCAUUGAAAAAGUAUGGUAUGCUGAAAUGGCAGAUCUGGCGAGCAGUAAGAAUGAUCGUAGACACAGGACUUCACUACACAGGAAUGAAAAGAGACGAAGCUAUCAAGUUAUUCGUCGAUAACGCUUGGGAUGACUCUGACUUCACUCGUAAAGAGGUAACACGUUAUCAGAGCUGGCCAGGCCAGUCGACCGCGUACAUGGUGGGCAGGAUAGCCCUUCUAAAAAACAGAGAUCAUGCAAAAACUGCUUUGGGCAAAGACUUCGAUCUCAAAGACUUCCACUAUCAGGUAUUGAGUCAAGGUUCUUCACCACUCGCCUUUCUUGAAGAACACAUCGAAAAUUAUGUCGAAUGCGUCAAAGAACCCAAGAAGGAAGGCUGUUCUGAAAUCCUUAACCCGCCCAAAAGGGGAAAGGCAAAGAGUACCGAUGACAAGUCUGCAAAGAAUUUGCAGUCCUUUGAGGCCUACAGGCAUUAUGCUUGAAAAGAAGAAUAUUCCAUA